AUCGGAGUGGGACCAAAGAGCGGACUGUGAAAUCUUCUUUGUAAAUUUGUCUAAAGUUAAAAAAAGAGACACAAAAACAGUUGUUUUGUUGUCUUAUGGGCGUUCUCACAACCGGCGGAGCAUGUGGGGUCCUGAGUGGAAUUCGAAACCAUCACAGCGUUUAUUUUUGGACCUGUUGAAAAGUGAAAGAACAGCACAGAGAAGAGUGACAAAGCCAUGAAAAGAGAUGACUCCCGGAUAAGAUGGACACUGACAGGAUGAAGGUGAAUGAUAAUCUGGAAGAAACGGGAGCAAAAAGAGGAGGAGGAGGAGGAGGAGGAGGAGGAGGAGGGGGUUGCACCGAAGCGAGGGAGAGAGAGGAGAGGAGAGGAAGGGAGGCGGGCUAAAUCCUCGCACCAUUAUUAUCGGGACUCACAUGCAGCCCCUCCUGUGAUGGAGUGAGGGGGAAUGGAGUUACGGAGGGAGUGGAAAGCAGGAUUACUGGUGUGACAGCUCAGGCAGAUGAGCGCCAGCGCAGCAGUGACGGAGAAACUCUGGGAAGCAAAAAAAAAGAAAUCAAAUCAGUGCAACAGGAUGAGGACCUGCUAGUGCACAGCCGGCCUGACCCUUCAGACCUGGCCAUCUGUCCUGCUGUUUGCUCCAACCAUCCUCCAACAUCUGGAUCAGCUUCCAUGUGGGAAAGAGGCCAAAAACUCCAAAUCUUAACCUUCAAUCUUGAUCUCUUAGGAUCUAAGGAGGAGGUUCUUCACCCUACAGAUGCGUAGCACCACCAAGGAGGCGGACAGCUGGAGUAAAGGUGGGGAAAACUUUCUCGGGAAGCAUGCCUUCGAUUGGUGGAUAUUCCUUCAUUUUCCAUGGAUCCGCUGAGUUUUCCAAGCCAGGAAAGAUGACAGGGAAGCAUCUGUGCUGCUGAAGUCUUCUUCUUCCUCUCAGUACUCAGACAGUCACCUUUCCUCUGCUUUCACCCUCUCGAUGGCCUGUCUUCACCUCUGACACCACUUGUGAACAGAACAGAGAGGAAGACGAGGAGGGAAGCGAGCAAGGGGAUUUUUUUCUUUUUUUUUCUCUUUUUUUUUGUGUGUGGAGAAGCCGGGAGAUCACACACACUUGUCACAUUGUGAAGUCUUCCCAGGGAGCGUGCAGACAUCCAAAGCUGUUGCAGGCAAAACACUCAGAUAACUCACUCGGUCUAAAUGCGGACUCCUACAGGUGCUGAGACGGGAGAGAGGCAAGAGAAAACAAGUGAAGACAAAGAGGGGAAGACGCCGCGAGGGCAAAGGAUGGAGCAGCAGGAGUUCAAGUUGGAUGACAGCAGAAAGCACAGGCAGUAAGCUGCCAACAUGGCCAUUCACAGAGGAUAUUUUUCUACCUCUCUGUGGCCUCACAUCUUCCUCUUGCUCGUCUCCUCCCCGCUGCUGCGGGCGCGGCCUCUCCUCAUCCACUCGUCCAUCAACGUGGCGGUGGUGUUCAGCGGUUCCAGCUACCAGAAUGAGGUCAGAGGUCGUCUCAGCGGGGAGAACUUUGUGGAUCUGCCGGUGGUGGUCAGCCCAGUGACUGUCCUGGUCAAUGACACCAAUCCUCGAGACCUGCUAACACGCCUCUGCGAUACCAUGGCAACGGAGAAGCUGCACGGCGUGGUCUUUGAGGAUGAUGUGGGCUUAGGUGUGGGUGCUCAGGUCGCUGAAGUGGCUCAAAUCCUGGAUUUCCUCUCCACUCAGACAGCUCUGCCGAUUGUGGGCAUCAGCGGAGGCUCUGCAGUCGUCAUUCCAUACAAGGCUGAAGGAUCCUCCUUUCUGCAGAUGGGGGCGUCUCUGGAGCAGCAGGUCAUCAGCAUGUUUAAGAUCUUGGAGGAGUACGACUGGGGCGAGUUUGCUGUGAUCACCAGUUUGCUGCCCGGCUACGACACCUUUGUGGACAUAGUGCAGUCGUACACGGACACGUCCUACUUCCUGUGGGAUCUGCAGGAUAUUAUGACUUUAGAAAUGUCUGUUGGAGCAAACGACCUGAAAGUCAAGCGCAUUCUGCAGCAGGUGGACUCCCAGGUCCUGCUGGCGUACUGCUCUCACGACGAGGCGCAGUACUUGUUCCGUCAGGCAGCUGAGGUGGGUCUGCUGGGCCCGGGGUACAUCUGGAUUCUCCCCAGCCUGGCCGUAGGCAAUCCCAACAGCCCCCCACCUGCCAGCUUCCCUGUGGGUGUGAUCGGUGUGAUUACAGACCAGUGGAGGAAAAGCUUGAGGCAAAGGGUGAGGGAGGGGGUUGCAAUUGUUGCCAAAGGGGCAGAAGGCUUCAAGAGGGAUUAUGGGUUCAUUCCUGAAGGAUACGGCGAUUGCAACAAGCCGGGAAAACAGUUCGACAACAACACUCUGUUCAGGCACAUGCUGAAUGUGACGUGGGAAAGGAAAGAUCUGUCGUUUAACAGCCAGGGCUUCCUCUCCAACCCCUCCAUGGUCAUCAUCACUCUGGACCGAGAAAGACAAUGGGACAAGGUUGGAACAUUCGCUCGGGGCAUCCUUCAAGUCCGCUACCCCAUCUGGCCGCGCUAUGGCAGCUUCCUGGAGCAUGUGUCUGACGACCGUCACCUGACUGUAGCCACCCUGGAGGAGCAUCCCUUUGUCAUGGUUGAAAACGUGGACCCGGGAACCGGCACAUGUGUGCGCAACACUGUGCCCUGCAGGCGUCAGUCCAACCACACAGAGAGCGUUUUUGGCCAAACGGAGUCCUACACCAAAUUAUGCUGCAAGGGUUUCUGCAUAGACAUUCUCAAGAAGCUGUCCCGAACCAUCAAGUUCUCCUUUGACCUUUAUUUGGUUACCAAUGGAAAACACGGCAAGCUGGUCCAUGGAGUUUGGAACGGCAUGAUCGGGGAGGUUGUGUACAGACGAGCCGACAUGGCCAUUGGCUCCUUAACUAUUAAUGAAGAGCGCUCUGAAAUUAUCGACUUUUCUGUGCCGUUUGUUGAGACGGGCAUCAGCGUGAUGGUAGCGCGCAGCAACGGAACGGUAUCCCCGUCUGCUUUUCUGGAGCCGUACAGUCCAGCAGUUUGGGUCAUGAUGUUCGUGAUGUGCCUGACCGUGGUGGCGGUGACCGUCUUCGUGUUUGAAUACUUCAGUCCGGUUGGCUACAACCGCAGUUUAGUGAGCGCCAAAGCUCCAGGCGGACCAACCUUCACAAUUGGAAAAUCGGUGUGGCUUUUGUGGGGCAUUGUCUUCAACAACUCCGUCCCCAUUGAAAACCCCAAAGGAACCACCAGUAAAAUCAUGGUUCUGGUCUGGGCCUUUUUUGCUGUCAUCUUUCUGGCUUCGUACACCGCCAACCUGGCGGCUUUCAUGAUACAGGAACAGUACAUCGACACAGUGUCAGGCCUCUCCGACAAAAAGUUUCAAAAGCCACAGGAGCAUUACCCUCCUUUUCGCUUCGGGACGGUCCCAAAUGGGAGCACAGAAAGGAACAUACGCAGCAACUAUCCAGACAUGCACACGCACAUGAUGAAAUACAACCAGAAGGGCGUGGAGGAAGCGCUGCAGAGCCUCAAAACUGGGAAACUGGAUGCCUUCAUCUAUGAUGCUGCAGUUUUGAACUACAUGGCGGGCAAAGAUGAAGGGUGCAAGCUGGUGACGAUAGGCAGUGGGAAAGUGUUUGCCACCACAGGGUACGGCAUCGCCCUUGAGAAAGACUCUCGCUGGAAACGACCUAUUGACCUGGCACUGCUACAGUUCCUUGGAGAUGGAGACACGGAGCGAUUGGAGACAGUCUGGCUGUCUGGUAUCUGCCAGAAUGAGAAAAAUGAGGUGAUGAGCAGCAAGUUGGACAUUGACAACAUGGCAGGUGUCUUCUACAUGCUCCUGGUGGCUAUGGGUCUGAGCAUGCUGGUUUUCGCGUGGGAACAUCUGCUCUACUGGAAACUAAGACACUCCCUCCACAAGUCCGACAAAGUGGACUUCCUGUUGGCCAUCAGCAGGGGCAUUUACAGCUGUUUCAAAGGAGUGGAGGAUCCUGGUCGCUCAUCUGGUUUGGCCAAACCCGACCUUACCUCAAAUUAUGCUCAAGCAAAUAUGCUUAAGAUGCUUCGUACUGCCAAGGAUCUAGUCUCCACAGCCAAUGUAGAGAGCUCCCUGGACAAUGCUACCAAGACUAUUGAGCACUUGACUCGUCACGGUGGCAGCUUGCCUGUCCGUGUGCCACAGGUCACCACCGAGGCGGUGCCAGGAGGCUUUGCUUAUGUCACAGAAAACCAUUGCUCCCUUCCUCAGCGCGCCUUCACCCCGCCUCUAACUGGUGUCAGCUCUCUGAAACAGGAGAGGAGUGUCACCAGACCAACGCCACUACGCUACACACUCCCCACUCGCUCUUCAUCGUGUCUGUAUGACAGACCGCUCCCAGUGUCCAGUCUGAGCAGUCCUCAUCUAGCCAUGGUCGAGCCCCACCCCCAUCAGCAUCCGCAACACUAUCAAACCACUGGGCGCAUCUAUGUGGACUCCCACUCCCAAUCGCCAUUCAUCUCCUAUACCGAUCUGCCAAACAUGUAUGCAUCUCAUCCAGUCUCCUCACCUCAAAACCAGCAUGUCCAGCUGAGCUUUUCUCAAAGGAAAAGAAGGUCCAGGAGUUUUCAGUGUGAGAAUGGAGAUGUGGAGAUGAGAAAACACGGGGAGCUAAGAAAAAGUGACAAAACGUCCUUAGGUUUUAGCGAGCUCAAAGCCAACCAGCUCCAAGAAAACCAUUUGUCUGCCCCUAGUGUUGAUAACAUUUACUCAGGAGAGGGCAUGUGUCCUCGGGUUGAGAACUACAGCUCCUGGCCCCCGGAGGACCUUGUGUUGAGAGGGAGGCGCCGGCAUCGCCGGCCCUCUUUCCUUAAAGCAACUUGGGGAGGUGAGGAUAUUCAUCCACUCGACGAGUCCCAGUCCUCUUUGUCCAGUCAACCUUCAACCUUGCCAGACUUGUUUCCAUGCGUUCAAACCUCAUUAACGUCAGCUAAGACUUACAACCCCGCCCACCUCCGAAACAAUCUGUGCCUGCCAAGAAACCAGGCCUACCUCCACAUCAGAGAGGACCAGAGGAAACCUAAUGGCCGAAAGGCCCAAAGGUUACGCUACUCCCACUCCACCCAUCUCCCAACAUACGGAGAAGCAGUGCGACACGGGACGGGGUUCGGGCGGGGUAUGGUACGGAGAGCCACAAGUUUACUCAACCGACAGUACGCUCACUACCUGAACUCAUACCCUGGACUCCCCCUCUACCACGGCCCUCUGGACCUGCAGCAUCACAGCCAGGCUUCAAGUCCUGUGUGCCAGCUAUUGGCAUGUGGGGGUGGAAGAUGUGGGGGCCAGCGGGCCCUGCUUUAUCAGGACAGCGUCUAUGGGGCCUAUGGAGUCUAUCAGGGAUCCCAGAUUGGAACCGAAGCUCAAGGAGGACAGGGAGUGGGUGGCCAACCGGCAGCAAGCCCUUGCGUACUUCGUCCUUGGCGAAGAGUGUCCAGUCUAGAAUCAGAAGUCUGAUUGGAAUCUACAAUUACUUUUUGAUAAAUACUAUUGGAAGACAAUAAACAUCACCACUGUGGAAAUAUUAUUUUCCUGAAAUGUAUUUGAAAGGAAGAAUACUAUAAUUUAAAAAAAUAAUUGUUUGUUUUUAAUGUACAUUUUGGCAAAAACAAGACGUAGCACAAAAAUGACAUUUGUAUCUUGAAGAUUUCUACAUCAUGAACUGGUAAAACAGACAGCACAAUCAUCAGUCUAUGAGCCGUGCAAAGCGGGAGUUGACUUGUCUUAUUCACUUGCUGCUUUUCCAUGAACAUCGUUUGCAUUUUUGGGGCUCGACCAGGAUUCAGGGGCGUUGGGUUUAUAGGGCUUGGGUUGACUCCAUCAUACUUUAGUGUGUGUUGUGCGGACGUGUCUUGUGGACGGUUCAGUCAGUUGUAGGUGUUGUCAAGUGAAGGGGCUGUCAAACUGGGAUGAAGCAGCCAAAAAAAAAAAAAAAAAAGCAGUCCCUGUAGCAGAAGAUCUAGAGCUGCUGGCAAGCACUUGAGAAGGUUUAAUCUCAACAAGAUGUUUUCUGAAAAGACAGGUACAUGCUGUUGAUUUAUAAGUAUAAUUAAAGCCUUUAUUUAGUCCGAAGAAGCAACAACGGUUUGAAAGCAGUCCAUAUGAACACACUCUGCACAAUCAUUGCAGAAUUGGGAUAGCAUUGACCAGCACUCGGUGUCUUAAACCACAAACUCAUCAUCCUCUCUUAGUCUCCUUGUGAGGCUGAAUUUCAGCACAACAAAAAAAAGAAACAAACACAGGGCCUCACGAACUCUGUAAUUUAAGUACUAUAUCAGUAUAAUGAAUGUGUUUUUGAGGGUGGUUAGUGUCACAUUCAUGUAUUCUACAUAUGCUAGGAUUUAUAGUCACUCUUUUUUCUAAGAUCACCUCUGACACAUUCUAAGUGUGUUGCUGUUUUAUUGGUACAUUUGCUUUUGACGUUUUGAUUCUGUCGGUCGACUGAUAACGAUUUUCAUCACUUGCCUUUUUCCACGAUUUUAUAUUUCCUCGUCAUUCCUCCCCUUUCCCAUUCCCUCUGUUUUAGUUAUUGAAUUUACAUUAGAUAUCGCAAAGCUAUUCUAGUAUCUAUAUUAUGAAGCCCCUCCUACCCUGUAAUUAUUCACUUAGACCAAAUAAAGAGACUUUUUAGAUGAA